AUGCGCCCAGGUGACCUGUCAUCAAGAAACCUUGAUUCCAGCCAGGAAAUGUUUCGAUCCGGUUUCCAGAUGUGUGCCAAGGAAAUGCUGCAAUACCUGGCAAAGCACGAGAACGGCAAGGACCUGAAGUCGUCCCAGCUGGUCAGCCAUCUGCACCGAAUGGCCUCCGAGGUGCUCCAGGGCGGAGCCGGCCGCAAGUCUGGGGACAUCCCUCCUAAAAUGGUGGACUUGAAAGAGAAACCUGUGUCCCUGAGCAAAGCGGCCGAGGGACACGGGAAAAACUGCGUGCCUGUGAUCCAGAGGACAUUUGCUCACUCCAGCGGGGAGCAGAGCGGCAGCGACACAGACACGGACAGCGGGUACGGGGGAGAGCUGGAGAAAAGUGACUCCAAAUCCGAACAGCAGUAUUUCAAAAAGGAUACCGAACUCAAGUACGCGGUCCAGGAGAGAAUAAGCUCUAUUAAGCAAGAGACUGAGGACCCGCCGGCCAAGAGGAGCAGGCUGGAGUCGCCGGAGGACGAGGGCCCUUUUGGCAGCGACGUGAUGGGCUCGUCCAGCAGCUUCCUGGGCCCCCACGCCCACCAGCCUCCCUUGUGCCUGCCUUUCUAUUUGAUCCCGCCGUCCGCAACAGCCUAUCUGCCCAUGCUGGAGAAGUGCUGGUACCCGGCGUCCGUACCCGUCCUGUACCCCAGCCUCCCAGCCUCUGCCGCAGCACUUACGGGGUUCAUGAACCCCGAUAAAAUCUCCCCGCCUCUGCUGAUGCCCCAGAGACUCCCUUCUCCCAUACCGGCCCAUUCCCCUAUCGACUCCUCGGCUCUGCUUCAAGCUUUGAAGCAGAUUCCUCCUUUGAACUUGGAAACCAAAGACUAAGCACAGUGUGACUUUCUUCUCGUGGGGUUUUUGUUUUGUUUUUUUUUUUGGUUGGGUUUUUUUUGUUUGUUUGUUUGUUUUUAGUUUCAGACUGUUUCACUUUUCUAUAUUGGCUGGACUGAGGUGUGGGGAUAAGGUUCACUGCGCGUAGGAAGCUAAAUCCCCUUUUCUCUGACUUGGCAGGUAGCUUGGAGAAGGAUGAAGGAUGCGCCCAGGUUAGCGAUU